UGUGUUUGUACAGUAACUUCUAAAUUAAAUUUAUUUAAGCAUUCUUAUUGUACGUCAUUAUGUUAAAUAUACAUCAUAAUUUUGUAGAUAGGAAAGUAUCGAGACAGUUUUAGCAGUGAAAUGACAUCUGUCAUUGAAAUAAAUAAUGCCAAUAUCAGACCUAAAUAUAACAAUGAGGAAAAGACCGAAAAAAUUUUCGAAGCAAACCAUGCUAUGGCUUACAAUGAAUUUUUUGAAAGUUUUUUAAUAGAAAAUAAACCUUGUAUUUUCGAGAGAGAAGCCACUGCAAAUUGGCCAAGCAGACGAAUUUGGAACGUUUGCAAUGCGCCAAAUUUCGAAUUGUUAAAAAAGUGUUUUGGUGACUGCAAAGUUCCUGUAGCUAACUGUAACGAAAAAUAUUUCAAUAGCCACCAUAGGGAAGAUAUGUUUAUUGAAAGUUAUAUAAAUUAUUGGACUGAGUACCGCAAAAGCGAUUACUCAAACAAGCUGCCUUUGCUAUAUUUAAAAGACUGGCAUUGCGUCAAGUCACACUCAAAUAAUGCAAUUUACAAUGUGCCUAAAUAUUUUGCUUCUGACUGGUUGAAUGAAUAUUAUACUGCUCAUCAAAAUUUGAAUGAUGACUACAUGUUUAUUUACAUGGGACCAAAAGGAUCAUGGACACCCUUUCAUGUCGAUGUAUUUACAUCGUACAGUUGGUCAGCUAAUAUUGUUGGAAGAAAACGCUGGUUACUAUUUCCACCUGGACAAGAAAAUCACUUGAGAAGCAAAAAAGGAGAAUUACCUUACAAUAUUACAUCAGAAGAGCUUAAUAAUGCAUCUAAACAUAAAUCUCUAAAGUGUUACGAUAUUAUACAAGAAAGUGGUCAAAUUAUUUUUGUACCUUCGGGAUGGCAUCAUCAAGUUUGGAAUCUGGAAGAUACUAUAUCUAUAAAUCACAAUUGGUUGAAUGGUUGCAACAUAUUGAAUAUUUGGAAAUCUCUGAAAAAAGCGCUAAAUGCUGUGAUAAAAGAAAUAAGAGAUAUCAAGAGUUUGGAUGGUUGGACAAUGGAUUGUCAACGGGUGUUGAAGGCUGAUUUCGGGAUGAACUAUUUUCAAUUUUAUGAAUUUUUAUCGUUCAUAGCUGAAAAACGCCUAAAUUCUGUGAUAAAUAAUGUGCCUAUAAAGAGCUUCAAACAGUGGAAUCUGGGGAGAAAGCAUUGCUUGUUUGAUCUUAGACAAAUUGAAAUUGUCCUUGAAAAUUUUAUAGAAGAUUCUAGUGAGAAGGAAAUAAGUAGUAUGCUUUGGAAGAAUAAUGAAGCCCAGUUAUUAGAAAACAGAAUAAAAUCAGUGAUAAAUCAAUAUGGAACAAAAUGUCAAAAAUAA